GACAAAAGUGAAUCUAUAGCGGAAGUUGUGAUUAUUAAAUUCUAAACCGGUCGAUCGACAUAGUAGAUGACUGUAAAAUGUUGUGGCACCAUCUAGCGGCGCUCGAGCGAACUAGCUAUCGACCGGCCGCGAAACGUCUUCUCGGCGGGAUAGAAGGAUUCACAACAGAGCGCUGAAAAAUUAGCAUAUUUAUUACGGCGUCUCGUCCUGAUUAACAGACCAGUUUUCCCCGGAAGAUUUUUCCACGAGGUUCGAGGAUUCUAUCAUGGGAGUCUCGUUCGCGAUUCACCACCGACCGCGAUAAUCUCUCGCAGGGUUCUCUCUGGGAACACUCUUUUUAGAGGUAUUUUCGUGAAACCUCCCGUGUCUUUUGUCAUGAUAGGCAGGGACGAGGAAUCCGAGGACAGUUCCAUCGACCUGGUGAACGUGAAAUUAAUCGCUGACAAGAUAAAGGUUCUAGAUGACGCGUCCUCGCAGGUGCGAGAAGACAUCAAAAGCUGUUUCGAGCGGUUGGGAAAUGCUUUGCGAUCUCGAGAGAAGCAACUCUUACGCCAGGUAGAAGCAAUACAUGCGCAACAGAUAUCGUUAUUACAGUCUAACACCGAGUUGGACCCUUCCGCUUCCUUGCUAUUCGUUAAUUUAAAAGAAGAGGAAGAUGUACAAAAUAGAAUUCUUUCUCUGGGUACGCUGGAGUUACCUGGGAAAACAGGGAUAGCGGUAAAAGAUGCAGAGCCCUAUAAGGUACAGGAGUAUCAAGAAGCAGAGAGAGAUCACGUUAGUUUUGACAAAUCUAUAAAAGUGGAAGAGUGCGAGGACAAUGUCCAACUGACACCUAAAAGUAAGAGUGGAGAAGAAAUAAGGAUUUCAAGUUGCAAAGGAAAAUCUGGAGGAUGUAUUUUGAAUGCACCAUCCAGUUCUUGUACUUCCAGUUUUACAUCCAACUUGGAUAAUUCUGCAGCCGAAGAUACGGUUGUCUUAUCGAAGCAUUCGCCGUUUCACAAUGAAAGGGAUUCCUCCCCAUCCAACUGCCAUGCUCGCAUUACUAGCCCAGGGAAAAAAAGUUCCACUGAAGAGAAAAUCAGUGAUGUUGAAACAGGAAUUCGUUCGGAACAUCCAAAGCAAGUUCAACAGUGGUUGAAACAGAUUCUCUUGGAGACGGAAACGGAGCCAACGGUUCACGAGACAGGUCAUUUUCUUGAAAUAUCGACAACCCGUUUAUGUAGGGAAUUUCCCCUUGAGACAUAAAAUAAUUUCGAUUCUAUUUCGAGUAAUCUUUGACCGGUCUUUCUUCGAAGCAUUUAAAAUACAAGGAAUUGCCCCAAUGUGUUGCAUUUAGUCAGAUCUCGUUUAAGUUAUCGAAGCACUAUUAAGUUUACAUUCCUGGGCCAAGCUUCCACGAGCAUGGAAAGGGAAACCAAAAAUUUUGAUUUCCCAAUAUAGCUUCCUAAUGCACUCUUUGCGGUCUCUUCGGACCUCAAGAUCUCUUUGCUGUAUUUAUUCAGCACUCGAUACCCGAUGUACUUAUAGGCUCGAUGCAUUGAUCUUUCUUUUUUAUCUUUUUAAACUCUUCUAGGUGUGUAUGUGCGUGUGUAUCGAUAAUUGUAAAGUCUUCAAAUUAAAUUAACGAGUCAUAUCCAUGAAAA